AUGAGUUUGGAACUAGAACAGGCUGAACCAUGUGCCUUUGUUUCCCAAACAUUACAUCAUGGCAUCCAUAGCAUCAUACUGAAACAUCAACAGCAGACGCAGACCGAGAGCAUAAUGUAUACUCUAUAUGCUAUUCUGUCUAUCAUCACAGUAUGUGGAAACCUUCUUGUAAUAAUCUCCAUCAUUUACUUCAAACAGCUCCACACUCCUACAAACUCUCUCAUCCUCUCUCUGGCUGUGGCUGACCUGCUUGUUGGGAUUGUAGUUUUUCCUUUCAGCAUGGCGUUCUCUCUUAGCUCAUGUAUUUAUCAUGAGGUGAUAUUUUGCAAAGUGAGAAGCAGUUUUGACAUAUCACUGAGCACAGCUUCUAUUCUGAACUUGUGUUGCAUAUCUGUUGACAGAUAUUGUGCAGUGUGUCAGCCUCUGACAUACAGGACGAGGAUAACUCAUCGUGGUAUUGUGGUCAUGAUCCUGCUGAGUUGGGGGGUUUCUGCUCUGAUUGGAAUUUGUGUCAUAAUUGCUGGACUAAACAAUGACAAAUGUGAGGAAAGGUGUUUAAUUGAUGUUCUCAUAGAAAACACUAUUGGACCUAUUUUGUCAUUUUAUCUCCCAGUGAUCAUAAUGCUCUGUAUCUACCUAAAGAUUUUCCUUGUGGCACAGAGACAGGCACGCAGCAUCCAGAACACAAAGUCUGGAGCAACUGUCAGUAAGAUGGAGAGAAAGGCCACCAAAACUCUGGCUAUUGUUUUAGGAGUUUUUCUCCUCUGUUGGACUCCUUUCUUUCUUUGUAUCACCGUUCUGCCGUUCAUUAAUGAUUCAGUGCCGAUUCCACUGAUUGAAACUCUGAACUGGCUUGCACUGUCAAAUUCAAUGCUCAAUCCUUUUAUUUAUGCGUUCUUCUACAGCUGGUUCAGAUCAGCUUUCAGGAUCAUCAUUUCUGGAAAAAUAUUUCGCGGUGAUUAUACAAAUUCAAAACUGCUUUGA